AUGGAUUUUAAUUUUCCAUAACAUUUUAAAUAAAAUAAUACUUAAAGUAUAUAUAUAUCAGGAGUGGAACAAAAUUUUGAGUUAAAGUUACAAACUUUUCUCUUGGAGAAUUUUCUAAGCUAUAUGUUGUUUCUUUUUUAGGUAAUUCAUUUUAUUCUGAACUUAAACGUACAGAGCCACAUCAUAAUUUACAAAGUACUUUUUACAUAUCAUCAUUAGCUUCCUCAAAAAUAAUAUUUGUAGUUUUCUUACUGAAUGUUUAUACAUAAAAUAAAAAGUGAUGCAAUAUAUGAGUCAUAUGAGAAUAAGGAAAUAUUCAAAAUUAUCAAAAAGUAACCACUUCCAUUGAUUGGAUGGUGAUUCAUAUAUUGUUUUAUGUUAUCUAAACCAAGAAUACUCUACAAUUUGAGUUCCCAC